AUAGAGCCAGCGUAGGCUGAAACACGGGAGGAGCGGGGUUUGUACACAUUGGGGUUCUACUCACCACGGGCGCAACGAACAACGUUUUUAUUUCUUCUCCAACCGUACUUGCACACUGAAAUUAUCGCUUUCCUUCCUGGCAGCUUCUGCGUUUUACUUAUAUUGAUACUUAAUUGAUCAUUCGCCCGCAAAAUUUGGUUAACGGUACCGGGUACUGAUGCUGAUUUUCCAGUCACCAAACUAGUUGUCAGUGGGAGCGCUUCCGUAAUCGGGGUUUUAUUUAGUCCGGCCAAACCAAACCUGUUCCAUUAGGGGGUGUGUUCGUGGUGUAACGGGGUCCUCUCGUCUGGCGUUUGAUUACAGUAGGUUUGUGGAUGCACUUAGAUGUUUGCAAUGAGCACUGUGGCUGGCAUGCCCCAGUGGUUUCGCUCCCGAUGCAGAGGACUCCGUAGUAAUCGAAUCUUUCAAAAGCGAACGUCAUGAGUAUAGCGAUCCCUUUGCGGGUUGAGACAGCAGAAGCUCCGAAUCUGGAAAUGGCUGCAGGCUCAGAACCAGAAUCUGUAGAAGCUAGCCCUGUCAUCGUUGAUAAGUCAAAUAGUUAUCCACAUCAGUUAUAUACCAGCAGUUCUCAUCAUUCGCACAGUUAUAUUGGAUUGCCUUAUGCUGAUCACAACUAUGGUGCUCGUCCUCCACCAACACCUCCAGCCUCUCCUCCUCCUGUUCUUAGUAAGAAUGAAGUAAACAUAUUUACUGCUCCUAAUUUUGAUGAAACCUCCAGUGCUACAACAAUCAGUACUUCAGAAGAUGGGAGCUAUGGAACUGAUGUCACUAGAUGUAUCUGUGGUUUUACACAUGAUGAUGGAUAUAUGAUUUGUUGUGACAAAUGCAGUGUCUGGCAGCAUAUCGAUUGUAUGGCUAUUGACAGGCAAAAUAUUCCAGACAUCUACUUAUGUGAGCGUUGUCAGCCUAGAGCUUUGGAUAAAGAACGAGCCGUUUUACUUCAGCAGAAAAAGCGUGAACAUUUGUCAGAUGAUCUUCAAACCUGCUACAAUGGUAGAGGCAACAGCGGAAGCCUUUUAUCUGAUGGUGACACCAGUGCAACAGAAAGUUGUGAUGAAGUUCCUAUGGAACUGUACACUGCUUUCCAGCACACCCCAACAACCCUUACUCUCACUGCCACUAGAGUAAAUAAGGUUAAUGACAAAAAGAGGAAGAAAAGCGGUGAGAAGGAGCAGAAUAAUUCUAAAGUUAAGAAGGCUUUUCGUGAAGGAUCAAGAAAAUCAUCACGUGUUAAGGGCUCUGCUCCAGAAAUUGAACCCUUAGACAAUUAUGCUUUUGGAUGGGAGAAUAAAAUCAAGAUAUGGAUGGACCACUAUGAAGAAGCAAGCAAAAACCAAUACAGUGAAGGUGUCCAAAAAGAGGCACAAAGGAUUGCUUUGAGAUUCAGCAAUGAAAAUGAUAAAAAAGAACAGAUUAAGUCCAACUUUAACACCAGCAAUCUAAUUAUCAAACCACCGGUAGAGAGCUAUCUACAAAAGAACAAAAAAAUUUUGAAGGCUGCCAAAGACUUGCUUCCCGAAACACUAAUUAUAGAAUACAGGGGGAAAUUUUUGCUUCGGGAGCAAUUUGAAGCAAAUGGGUAUUUCUUUAAAAGGCCAUACCCUUUUAUUUUGUUUUAUUCUAAAUUUCAUGGAUUAGAAAUGUGUGUUGAUGCAAGAACAUUUGGAAAUGAGGCUCGGUUUAUACGACGUUCCUGUACUCCUAAUGCUGAGGUGCGGCAUGUUAUUGAAGAAGGAACAAUUCACCUAUAUAUAUACUCAAUUUCAAGCAUUCCAAAAGGGGCAGAAAUCACUAUUGCUUUUGAUUUUGAUUAUGUAAAUUGUAAAUAUAAGGUGGAUUGUGCAUGCCUGAAAGACAAUCCAGAUUGCCCAGUUCUCCGAUGCAGUACAGAGUCUACAGAAAAUAACAGUGGUUAUGAAACUAGAAGAAAAAAGGGGAAAAAAGAACUUUCAAAAGAACGAGAACCUCAAAACCAGAACAUUGUAAUAGAUUCAGAUGGCGCAAUUAACAAAUUUAAAGCAUCAGAUAAUAAGCAAAGAAAGCUCUCCCCUCUUAGACUGUCAAUAUCAAACAACCAGGAGCCAGAUAAUAAUGAUGAUGAUAUAGAAGAAAAAAGUCCUCUUAGCAAUGAAGUAGAAAUGGAAGCAGAGGAGCAGAUUGCAGAAAGGAAAAGGAAGAUGACAAGAGAAGAAAGAAAAAUGGAAGCUAUUCUGCAAGCUUUUGCAAGACUGGAGAAAAGAGAAAAAAGAAGAGAACAAGCUUUAGAAAGAAUCUGCACAUCCAAAACAGAUGUGAAAACAGAGACCAAGGACUUACAGAUAAUCAGUGAAACAGAGCUCCCGCAGGAACCAGUUAAGGAAGAACCUGCCAGCAAACCUACUCCUGCCAAAAUAAAUCGCACAAAGCAGCGAAAGAGUUUUACAAGAAGUAGAACUCAUAUUGGACAACAGCGUCGCCGACACCGGACUAUAAGUUCCUGCUCAGAUAUCCAGCCAUCUUCUCCAGAUAUUGAGGUUGUACCACAGCAGAGUGAAACAGAGAAUAAUGUUGUAACUGAAGAACCUCCCAACGAAAGCAGUGCUGAUAAUACAGAAGAAGUUACAGAGACAGAAUGUUGUGCUCAGAGCAAAUGUCCUAUAAAAUACCCAAAAACAAAAAAGCAUUUGGUCAAUGAGUGGUUAAAUGAAAAGCAUGACAAAACUGGCAAGCCUGGAGAGCUCAUGUUGGAAAAGCCUUUAAGAAUAACCACAGAUCCUGAAGUCCUUGCAACUCAGCUGAAUUCCUUACCAGGACUCAUCUAUAGUCCUCAUGUGUACACCACUCCUAAGCAUUAUAUUAGAUUUACAUCACCAUUCCUUUCUGAGAAAAAGAAGAAGAAAAAUGAAGAAAAUGUUUCCAACUGUUGCAAAAAGCGUUGGUUGAAGAAAGCUCUGGAAGAAGAAAAUGCACCAUCGGUUAAUGCACUUGGUUCUCCUGCUCAGGACCGAUCUCAAAGUCCGGUUGUAAUAAAUGAAAGUAAAUGCCAUCUAAUAUUGAAUGGCAGCUCUCCACUGACAGAUUUUACAACUCCAUUGAAGAAACGAAGGUUGUUUAGUUUUUUGGAUUGCAGUUAUUCCGAAAAUUCAACACCAGUUGCAUCUCCUUAUGCUACCCCUACGCAUACUGAUAUUGCUUCCACGGAUCCAUUUACUACUCCACCCAGGGUAAAAGCAGAAGAGGAGAUUUGUCGCAACGGUUGCAAGCAAACUUAUUCACCAGUUACUCCUGUUCCAUCCUGCCUGCGUGGAAACAACAUGCAUUUUGAGAGUAUUUCUUCACCUGAUAGUUCGCCAGAAGUGAAUCGAAGAUCUUUUUGUCAGGAAGGGAACGACCGGGCAUCUACAUCUCUGAAUUCUUCUUUCAGAAAUACAAGCUUGUCUGAAGUGGGGCUGCAAGAAAUAAAGACUUUUGGCUACUGUAGCCCUAGGAAUAGGACAGAUGUUUCUGCUCCGUGUACUGGUGAAACUGAUGCUGGACCAGAGGUCCAUUUUGAAGUAGACAUAAAUGAACAUAGCUCUUUGCAAAAGGUCAUGGAGCCUCCACAGGAUAGGACUGAUUUAAAUAGCCUGCAGGAAACUGCUCAUAGUGGACAAUGCACCAUGUAUCCAACUUGGAUUAAAAGUCCAAACAGGACUGGGGUGAACUUCUUAUCUGUCAAUUCUAAUUUAAGAGAUUUAACCCCUUCUCACCAGCUGGAAGUUGGUGGUGGAUUCAGAAUGAAUGAAUCAAAAUGCCUGAUCCCAGAAGAUACUCGGGCUGUUUUUAUAGAUGGGCCUAUCUUCUGUUCUGCAGAAGAAAGAAUUGUGGCUGGAUUUGGAAGAUCUCUUGUUGGCGAUGGGAUAUUAGAUGGAAACGGGACACCACUUAUUCCUCCUCAGAAGAAAAAGGUGUCAUUGCUGGAAUACAGAAAAAGACAGAGAGAAGCUAGAAAAAGUGGCUCUAAGCAGGAGAAUUUAUCUCUGGUCACUUUGUCUCCCCAUCCGGAUGGUCUUGCUGGCAGCUGCAUCCCUUCUGAAAGCUGCAAUGUUGUGUUGGAGAGUUUUGAUCAGAAUGAUAGUAGCACUUGGUUAACACUGCCACCUGAAGUCCAGUCUGUUACUUUUGAAGAAACAGAGCAAUCGACUCUAGUAACAGACACCACAGCCACUGAAAAAAAUGAUCCUGAAGUCCAGUGGACUGCAUCAACAUGUGUUGAACAAGUCAGAGAGAGAAGCUAUCAAAGAGCAUUGCUACUGAGUGACCACAGAAAGGACAAAGAUGAUGCCGACUUGGAAAGUGGGGGCCCUGUUCAUGCCAAGGAAUGCCAGUCACCAGACAUAUCCAAUAAGAAUUGUAUAAGUCCUACACAGAAUAAGUCCUGUUCUCUGGUGCCUAAUUUAGCCCAUGGAAAGACACCCUCAAAGCUAGAUCCUGCCCAAGACACCAUGGUGAAUGCAUCAACAACUGCUGAUGUGAACUUGUGUAACACAGACUCUCAGCAGAAAGCGCUCCUUUCUAAGUGUCACAUGCCUCAUUCUCAGAAGCUACCUUCUACACCUUUAAAGUUGCAUUGUCCGUCAUCUCCUCAUCUUGAACAACCUCCAAAAUGCUCGACACCAGUACAACAUGGUUAUCUUUCGCCAAAGCCUCAUUCACAAAAAAUAGGUUCUCCAUAUAGACCACAUCAUUCCCAACAGCUUCAGGCGGGGACACCCCAAAGAGAGACUCAUACAAACUUUUACCCUGUAGUGCAAAGCCUUCAGCCUGCAAAUCUCCAGCCAGCCAGUGGGCAGUUGUUUUCCCAGACCCAACCAGGGCAGUGCUCCACUGUUUAUACUUCCUUUAAUCAACAGGCUGUCAGCAGUCCUGCUCCACCUCCCCCACCUCCAACAGCAACUUAUUAUCAAAACCAGCAGCCCUCAAUCAACUUCCAGAACUACAAUCCGAUAAAAGGAGCUGUUGCCCAACAAACUGUGUUUACACCUGGUCCGAAUCAAGGUCAUCCUACUACAGCAGGACAACCAGCAAUUCAAGGACACCAUGUAACUUCGGGACAUUAUUUGCCUUCUCAGAGCCCUAAUGUACAUCUCCAAGCUACAGGGGUUCCACCGCCCCCACCACCACCUGUAGCAAACUGCCAUCAGCAGCAGCACUCUGUUCAACAUGUUACAAGUCCAGUUCAUACAGUUCCAGUAGUGAGUAGCUCACAUAUUCAUUCUCAGACAUCUGGGCAUAAUUUACCUCCACCGCCCCCUCCACCUCCUGGCCCAAAUCCUCAUCAUUCGCAUCUUCAGCAUGUAGCAGCGGGGCACCAAGGCCUGCAAGCGCAGCACCAGCAUGUUUUAAAUACAGUUCCUCCACCACCCCCACCACCGCCUCCACCACCGCCGCAAGCAACAAAUGUUUUGGGUGGUGUUGGAAAUCUGACGGCAUCAGCACAAGGAAUGCAUAUGCAAACUCAUCAAGGACCUCCUAUUUUCUCUUCAGGAGCUCAUCCUAGUGUAGCGCCGUAUUCAACACAAGCUGCACAUCAUAACCAAGUUGGACCUGUAGCGCAGCACCAGUCACUUCCUGGCCAGAACUCUCAUAUUCAGACACAAGGACCAAACAGUAUUGCAGCACCUGCAGCUUUUUGUCCGCAUCCGAGCUCCGUCCUUGUCCAUGGAGUUCAAGGAUCUCAGCCGUCAUCAACGGUGCCUGGGCAGGUUCCUAUUCACAGGCCACAGGUACCUCCAACCUUCCAAAAUAACUACCAUGGCUCAGGAUGGCAUUAGAAUUGGAUAAUCUGUGUGUUAACAUUUUUAAAUGUUGUGUAAAGUGUAUAUUUUAUAUGUACCUUAUAAAGGUACUUUUUAUGGCCUGUAUAUGAAACUUUGUACAAAUUUCAAUUCCAGUGCGUUUCAUUGUACUUUUUUCCUUCCGAUUUUGUUUUUAAAGUCCCUGAGAACUGUGUGUUUUUUAAGCCAGUAUUGACUAAACAUUCCAGUUUUGUUCUCAUUGUCUUUCCUUUACGGCAGUAGCGUGAAUACUGCGGAACUUGUACAUUUGCUUGUCUCGAUCUCCACUGUGUGUGUUUGUACAUGUGGCACUGACCGGUCUCCCCUCAGCCUCCUCUUGUGCCACGUGUGGGACUAUGUUGAGAAAUCUGCACCCAUUCAGUUUCCAUUCGUUAUAUACAGCAUUGUAAAUGAAUGUAUAGUUCUGUUUUAACAACUUGACUUCAUUAGAAGUUCUGUAAAUACUGUAUUUUGCUUGUAUAUGGCUGAAAGCUUCCACCUCAUUUGAUAAAACAUUGUACAGAAUAUAUAUUUUUUUUUUGCAAACUAUAAUCUUUGUGGAAGUAGUACAUUAUAUAACAUGUCAUUUUUGUAAUAUACGGUCACAUUACAGCACUGGUUGGGCAUUUUAAUUCAUGUUAAUAAAUCACGAUUGUCAGUUUUAUCAGGUUAGUCCUUUCAUACAUUUUACAAAUGCAAAUUGAUGCAUAAAUACAGCACUUAAAAUGUAUAUUAAAAUUCCGUCUCGGCAGUUUUAUUUUC